UGCCCCGGGCGGGUGUGCGCAUCGCAUCGCAUCGCAUCGCGCGGCUCGGCUCGGCUCGGCUCGGCGGCGCGGCCAUGUCGUGCCUGGACUACCUGGCCGCCGAGUGCCUCGUGUCCAUCUCGAGCGGGGCGCGGCUGCACGCGGGCGCCGAGGACCGCGAGGUGCGGGACACGCUGCGGGCGGCGGGCGGCGGCGGCGGCGGGGCGGGCGCGGCGCGGCCCGGCUCGGCGCACUCGGAGAGCGGCCGCUCGUCCUCGUCCUCGUCCGCCGAGGGCGCCGACCCGCCCCCGCCGCGCCCCGCCGCCCCGCCCGGCCCCGGCCCCAGCCCCAGCCCCAGCCCCCCGCCGGGCAAGCGGCACCGCUGCCCCUUCGCCGGCUGCUGCAAGGUCUACGGCAAGUCCUCGCACCUCAAGGCGCAUCUACGGACACACACGGGUGAGAGGCCAUUCCCAUGCACCUGGCCUGAGUGCAACAAGAAGUUUGCACGCUCGGAUGAGCUGGCGCGGCACUACCGCACACACACAGGGGAGAAGAAGUUUGCCUGCCCGCUGUGUGAGAAGCGCUUCAUGCGCAGCGACCACCUCACCAAGCACGCCCGGCGCCACCCCGCCUUCCAUCCCUCCAUGGUCAAGCGCCCAGGCUGUCACAGCAUCUCCCCCAGCGACUCGGCACCCAGCAGCCUGGCGGGCAGCCCCGCUGCCAGCCCGGCCCCCAGCCCGGCCAAGUUCCUAUAGAGACACCUUGCUUGAGGAGGGGAAGGAGGAGCCUCUCUUGGCUGCGCAGAUUGUCAGAGAUGUGCAGAGAUGCCGCCUGGCCCAUUCCCAGCCCUGGGUGGCCCCUUCUUGCUGACGGGCUCCCAUUUUGGUGAGCUCCCUCUGGGCUACAGACUCUUCCCCCUCACGCCUUGCUUCAGCAUUCACCAGCUCUUCCCAGUGCUGUGGCUGCACGCUCUGCUCCCCUUAGGGCUGUGGAAAGGGCAGCAGCUGGGUGCUCGUGGGACUCUGCCAUCUCUGACAUUGCCCCAACCUUGGCCCUGUGGGGUCCAGCAUGUCCAUAGGACUCUGCAUGUCUCUGGUAUUCCCCCACCAGUGCAACAAAGCCAAAUUUGCUGGUCUGAUUUUGAGGGGUUCCUGCCUAGGGGAUGCUGAGGGCGUGAUCAACAUGGUCCCUGCCCUUUUAUGCCCCUGUUCUGUCUUUGCUGCUGACCCUCUGCUGGAUUAACAGUCCUUAUUGCACCUGGGAGGUGCAGUGGCCUAGAUUCCCCUCUAUGGGAUCCUCUCUGUUCCCUCCUGCCCUCAGGAUGGUUCUGACUAUCCGUUGAAGAAGGCAGCUCAACCCAGGCCAGUUUUAUUUUGUCGUCGUCUCCAGAGCUCACGCCUGCUUCACUGUCUGGACAGAAGGCUGCUCGGGGAAAAGAGAUCCAAUGACGAAGAUCGCUGCUUCUCUGCACUUCCCUUCUCCUCUCGGAGACAUGGCUUUGCUUUCCAAAAGAUCACUUUUCUGUGUUGGGGACAACCCAUGCCCUGCUCUAGCGAAGAGGUGAAUCCCAGGCCACACUUUAAAUAUUUAUUUAUGUAGAUUUUAACCCCCUCCCCUGGCUGCAGACUCACGGGCCCUUGGCAAGCUGCAAGGGCCUUGCCCAUGGGCCCUGGCUGAGCAGUGGCAGUGGAGGGAAGAUGUGGCAGGGAGUGGAUCUGUUGUGAUGCUCACAAUCUAGAUCUGCCUCUCCAAAGCAGGGGCUUUUAAUCAGCCUAUUUAUGUAAAGAAUCUGUUUUUAUAGAUGCGGACUCUGGACUGGGGAACUGGGAACAGCUUAGUGGCCUGAGCACCUUGUUAGCCCUUUGGGUGUGUAUAGGAAUAGUGGGUUUCAGCCAGCCUGUGGAGAGCACGGUGUGGAGGACGCUCUCUGCGUACCCCUGCCGUUGCUGGAACAUCGCAGGGCGUGAACCAAACAAAAUGGAGUCUGAGACCCACUAGCGGCCUGAUAGUUUUGGAUGCCUCCAAUUUUAGGUGCUGAACUGAAGAUAUCUCAAAUGGGUCUGAUAUUUCUUUCCCUUCCCCUGCAGAGGAAGGGUGCUUGGCGCCUCAGGGAAAUUUAGAGUCCUUUUAAGAAAGCUCAGGUUGUUACCCAAAAGACACUGGUUGUUUCUGGGAAUGGAGGCCUACAUGCUGCCAGUAUGUUAAAAGCUGGGCUGUUCAAAGCUGCAUUAGUCCAAGUGCCUGGAUCCUAGAUGGUCCAGUUAGUGCUGAGGCUGCCAUGCCCCUGGCCUGCUGGGGUCCCAGCAUUUUCUUCCAUGCUUGGGACUGUAAGCAGCCUGGCGGUGUUCUCCCUCUGAUGACAGGGGGAAGCCUGAACAUGGCUGGGCUGCGACGUGGGUAUCGCCACCCCCUGGUCGAACUCUGAGAAUCGCCCAGGACCUUGGGGUCUAAAAGCAGGAGCCUGGCAUCAAGGAGCAGGUCCUGUGGACUCAAUAAGCAAUGUAUGUGGGGGGGCAUGGCAUGUGCCUGGCACUGCAUAUACUGGGAGAGAUGUGUUCUGUCUGCAUUGGGGAUCAAACUGGCAGCUGGUGGCUAAUUUGUGGUACACUCAUCCUAAAAGAUGACCUGAGUCUGGACUUCAGCUUCUCCCACUGCAUCUUGCCUGCCUCCCACCAAGCCUUCAUUCUCCUUGCUGGCUACGACUGUAGCCAGACUGAUUGGCGGUGGAUGAAAAAAAGUGGGGAGUCCCAGGUAGUUCUCAAUGUGCCACUGUCUGGGCAACACUCCCACUACUGUAGCUGGCAUUAAGCCUCUGUGUUUGAGGCAGGGAUGGAAGUUGGCAUAGGAACAGCCUUUCUAGACUGGGGCUGGGGCACUGUGGUGUAGGGGAAGCUUCCCACACUGCCCAGAGAAUACCCCCGCUCUACCCAGUCUGGGUGUGAGCAUUAAAAUCCACAGGCAAGCUUGAGCUAGAAGUUGUCCCGCUCUUUCCCCCAGAGCUUGCAGUUAGGGGGAUGUGCUGUGGAAGGCAUCUAAGCUCUGUGGGAUGUAGUGGAGUCUGGGCCCAGUGACAGGAAUAAUUGGUCGUGUGGCUGGGAGUCGGCCCUGUCUCUGCUUCUGCAUUGUGCGUGGCCCUUGGGAACCAGCUCCCCAGGGUCAGUCUCAGGUGAUGUUGGCUUCUAUCAGAAGAUGCUCCAAGCACAGUGCUGAGAAGGUCUCAAGACUUCAGGGGUGACUGUCCUGGUGAUGCAGCACCAGCUUUCUGAAACCAUGGCUGGAUGGUGGCUCCUUCUCUCUGGACUUACUGACCAGGGCACAAAGGAGUUACUAGGAGCAGGAUGGAUUUGUACUUGAGAGACUGACCAGCUGGACAGCUCAUGUGCCCUGGGCAGCAGCUGCUUUGGGGAAGUUAGCAAAGGCCCCCAUGGGGUUAAAUACACUGAAAUGUAAUGCAUUAGCCGUCUUCUCCCUUUACCCCUUUGUUUUGUGCAAUUGGACUCUGGAGUCUGCCCUUCUUGGUGACCUGCAGGCUGGGCUUAGAGGCCCCCAGGCUAUUUAAAGCUCUGCAUUUCUCUUCUGUUGAAGUGACUGAUGGGGAGAUGAGCAGGUUGAAGCUAAACCUGUUUCUAUCCACAGUCAUGAAGAUUCACGCCUGCUUUUUCCUAUCUGCUUGAUUCAUGCAGAAAAGGAUCAGCAGGACUGGGGGUCUUGGAGCCUUGUGAUUGGAUCAAGGGAUUGGCUUGACUAAAUGGCUUACUAGAUGGGUAGUAGUAAGGGCAGUAGGCUGGGGUGGUAGGGAGGGGCAGUUAGAAGAUCAGUAACUUGCACAGGGGAUGGGAUGGGAAGAGAAAUAAUUGGCCUUAUUUUUUUUCAGGAAAGUCGGGGGGCCACAGCACCUCCUGAAGUGACAUGCUGGGAGUCAGGCGUGGGGUGGGGUGGGGUAAAGUGAAACUCCAGCUCCUGGGCACUUCAUGGUAAAUGCCCUGGGCUGUUACCUGUGAGGCCAGACUGCUCCCUUGGAGCAGGAGUCUGUGCCAAGUGUGAGCUGCUUCAAGACUAUAGUUAAUCUUAUCUUGCAGCAGUGACCUGCAUGGGGUGAUAGCAUCAACCCCCCCGCCCCAGGCUGGAGUCCUUGAUGUGCCUGGCCUGUUGUGCCAGGCAUUGCUGCUAGGAGGUGGGGGCUGGAUUGGUCCUGCCUAGAGUAGAUGAAACCCAUAAGAAUACAGGGUGGUGGCCCCAGAGAGCAUCACUGAACCCUACUGCUGUGUUGGAAGACUCUGGCCUUGAUCUCCACCAUGCUUGAGAUGAGAGCAACCUCAGGGAGUCAUUUGUGGUGCCCUGAUUGGGGCCAGCUGGUCUCCAGGUGUGUUGCAGCAGGAGGGAGUCCUAUGCCCCCUAACACAACCGGCAUCAGGCCCCUUACAUGCACAGAGGGAGGGGUGGGCAUAUCCAAGUUUGGCUCAGACUUGCCCUCUCUGCCACACCACCGUGAGCAUCAGCAGCUGAGGGGUGUAGCUGGCACAAGAUCCUGCCAGUGAAGAUGCCCUGUUUGGUGGGAUGGCACAUGGUGUUCUCUGCUGGGGAUCCCCACCAAGAUCAACGGCCAGUGUGUGGGGCCCAGCAGCCUGGGCAUGCAGCCCUCCUGCGGGGUGGUCCAUGCUGGGAGAGUGCUCCCUCCCACUCCAGUGUAUAUAUAGUCUCCCCUUAAAUCUUCCAUCACCAAAGUGUGCCAAAUUGAUGGUGUUCCCUUGCCCCCAGGCCUUGUGGGGGACAGGGGAGCCCUGCUGCGGGCAUCUCUGGGAACAUGGCUUCAUGCAGUCUGUUCUGGCUGGUGCCCCCAGUUCCUGCUGGAUGCUCUGCUCCACAAGGCAGUCAGUGCAGCAGGGUCCCUGGGAACUGAUCUCUUGUUUAUGGACCCAUCAAAUAUGACUUCAAUCAUGGUCCAAAUGCCGGUCAUCAGUGGGAGCAUUUUAUCCCCUCUGGGGCUUGGCAUCGGGUUGGAAUCUGUUUCCUGCUGACAUAUUUUUCUUGGGGGGGGGGGAGGGAGAGGUGUUUUUAGAACAUUUAUUUAGUUCCUUAAUUUUUGGCCCGUGUUAGCACCAGCAUCUGGCAAGCAAAGGUGGAACAGAACCCAUCUUUGAGGGCUCACAGUCUCCUUGCAGCUGCUGUGCCCUGGAGCUGCCCUUCCUGGGAGGCAAACUCUGCAGUUGUGUCUUGGGCAAAGCAUCCAGCAAAGGCUGGGCCCUAUAUCCCUCAACACAACUUUCUUUCUUGCUGUUGGUUACGCAGGCAUCAAUCUGGAAUAACUCCGUUGGCUUUAGUGGAGUCGCUCCAGUUCUAGGGGAGUGUGGGAUUGAGGGGAGUGAGGGUCAUUUCCCAUACUGGUAAAGGAAAGCAGGAAUCCCAGUUAGAUGAAGGGGGUUGAUUCCAACAUGGAAGAGAUGUCACUGCGCCAAGUGAACCGAGGCAUCAUUCAGAUUCAGUCUAAAUUUUCAUCAAGGCAUUGGGUCUCCUUGGAUUUUGUGUGGAGCUCUGAAUGGUUAUUUUUCUGGCUUGUCAUUUUUUUAAUAAGCUUGGGGAAAGGUAUAUGCUAUUUUUUUUUUUUUUACGAGAGAUUAUUUUAUUCUGUGUGUGUGUGAUAUUUUUACAGUCUUCUCUACUAGAGCUGAAUUUAUAUAAAUAGAUUUCUCUAUAUAGUCAAAUCAAAUGCUGCUUUUUUUGGAAAGAAUAGCUUACUUUUUUAGUGCCACUUUUCUAAAACUGUUUGGAAGGGUGAUUGCUUUGGUCAGGAGUAGUUGGUUGGGAAGGAGUGUGCCUGGGAGCUUGUGCUUUGUGCUAGGUGUGUUUUGUGUAUUUUGUAAAGCACUUUUUAGUGCUCUGUACACUUCCGCUGGAGGUAAGGCUGUUGAUCAGUUCUUUCCUCACCUUCCUGUUUUUCGAUUCAUCUCCCCCUCCCCAGUAAAGUUGGGAUAGAUUGUGGCUUUUAAAAAUGGUGUCAUCCUAUCUUGGUCCCCGACAGCAGAGAGACACGGGGAGGGACCUGAGCUCUUAGGUGCGCUUACAGCAGGAAUAGAGUGGCAUCUCUGCACUUGAAAUUGGCCCUUGGCAAGAGAUGGGCAAAAGGCUCCGGUAACACUCGUGGGAACUUGGUGCUUUAGGUACCAGGUGGCGCAUGCAUGAAUUUCACUCCCUAGGGAAAAACUUAAGCAUUUCUAUGAUUAGAUCCCUCCCUUAUUCACCCUGAGCUUGGAGCUGCCUCUUGGUCUUACCCCAGCCUGUCUAGCUCUGUCAGUUGUAGAGUGCAGCUGAGACGAGUCCCAUCUUCUGUUUCCACCUCUGCCGCUGACUCUAUCAUCUUCAGCAAAGGUGUUUCUCUCUGUGCCUCGGUUUCCCCGCCAUUCCCAUUAAACGGAGUGGGGAAGAGGGUCGUCUUGUGGGGCACUGGCCAACAGGGUGGUCUGGAUGGGGUUGAUGGGCGAGGAGCGGAAGGUAGGUUGGCUAGAGUGGGAAGGCAAUGAGGAUUUCCCCUCUCCGAACAGGUGACGGCUGGGUCUCUUAGCUCAGUUGGGGAGGAGCAUGGCCUGUGGUUCAUAGAGGGGAUGUGGAACAGGAUUGAGUCCAAAGGCAGCUGUGAUGCCCUCUAGUGAUCACCUCAAUCCCAUCAGGGUCUCACCCUGCUUCCUUGCCUGCUGUGGUGUUAAAGGUAAGGAGGGGAGGCUGCUUUCAGAGGCUGGUGAGUCCAGGGUGUGCUCGCUGUCACUGUCAUAUGUGCGCUUCUGGUCCAGGGCUUUUUGGGCCCUACUUCUCUUAAGGGCUGAAAUUGCAGCCUCCUUCUGCCCCUAAAGUCAUGCCCAUGCGCCACAGAUGUUACUCUGUCCACAGUGUAGAGGUCUCAGCCCUCUUGGCUUUAGCUCCCCUUUAUUCUGGCUGCAGGCUUCCAGACUUGACCUGCUGAUUCGGAUCAAGCUCUCUCAGCCUCGGUCCUCUCCAUGUCUCUGGUCUCCAGGCCCCUUGGCCCCAUCUUGCACCUUGUCCCCAGCCCCCCUGGCAUCCCUAACCCAGGGCAAGGCUGCUCUCAGCUUGGCUUGGCUCAGCCUUCCCUGUGCUGUGCUGGGGAGGCCAGCAGCAGGUAUUGGAGACCUGUGCACUGCAGGAAGUCCUGCUGAUGGUUCAGCAGGUGGAGCUCAACACUCAGCCCCUUGCAGGCCCUUUGAGCAGCCUUGAGGUGAUGGAGGAGCUGUCUUUAGGGACCAGACAUAAGGUGCUUCUCUCAGACCUGGCCACUUAGACUUCCCCAGCAGAAGAGGCAUCUUUUACAUCCUUCCAAGCAAUUGCACAGUGUUACGUGGUGUCAGCUCACUGCCCCGUUCUACCGUGGAGGCAGGUGUACGUUGGUGUCGAGCAAUGAGGGCCACGCUGAAGGUGAGAUCCAAACUUUCUAGUGCUAGCAACAGAACAGGUGGUCAGAGAUGCACUUUGGCAUAAAAAAAUAGACUUUCAUCUGAAAGCUUCCUUGGGUGCUGGGAAAAGAUGGGCUGUCACAGAAGCCAUUUUCUAAAUGAGACAUAUCCCUGUUUAUUUUUUUAACCUUGAUUGAAUGUGGUUUUUGCAGCUUUGUGCAUAGAGGCAGUGAUUGUUUGGGGGUGGGAUGGGGGGCAGUGUAUGUGCAUGCAUGUUCACUCUUCUGGUCAGUGGUUUAGUUUUGCGAAGUCACUUUCUAGGAAAGGUUAGAAGUGCUUUUGAACAUCAGUUUCUAGAAAUGGGUUACUUAAGCCAGUGCUGGAGGCACUGACAGCUCUCUAUAACAGACCUUUGGAUGUGAGCUCAUUGUAAGACUGUGAUCUCUGCUCUAUAUUUCAGGGAUGAGUGAGCUUGGCUUGCCUAAUGUCAGGCCUGCUCAGACAAGGUAGGGUCAAAUUUUCCUCUAAUGCAACCAGAGCCUGAGUCUGCUUGGAGAUGGGAAAAGAGGCAGAAAGGUAAGUCCUGAGGAAAGGACAAGCCAAGUGCUUGUCCUUUCUUCAAGGCUUAUCACAGAUUUUAGCCUGGGCUUUGAACCCUUUCUGUGCCAGCUCAGAUCUGGGAUUGGAAGCGUAAUAUCCUCUGCAUUAGGGAAGCAUGCGUAGUUUCACACUGGAUUGCCAGGGUGAUGGCCUUACGUUUUUUGAAGGGAGAGACCCAGAUAUGAGUUUCACAGUCUCGGACUUGGAGACUUCUCUCUUUCCCUGCUGGACUAGAUCAAUCCCUGGAGCCAAGAGCGUUACACCCUGGCUCGCUGGGAUUAAGGCUGAUCUUGGAGGGUAUCCCUGGGCAGGGAGGGUGUGCCCCCGGAGAGGGAGGAGCUGUCCUGCUUGCUAUGUAGUAGCAGCAGGAGUGUGCAGCGAGCUCUUUGUUCCCUGGUGGGGGUUGUAUUGUUUGGGUUUCCAGGAUGCCUCCUGGCUUGGAUCCCAGCCCACAGUGUUGGGAUGGCUGUUAGCCAGGUAGCCCCUCCCUUGCCUGGGGUGUUGUAGCUCUUGGCAUUGGCACAAGGCAUUUCCUGACUCCUGUUGGGAGCAGCUGUUCUCUGAUCUCAGGGCUCCACCACUAGAUUGUGGUUGCUGUUGGCCAAAAUCAGCUGUGACGUCCCACAUCCCACCCAGCAGCAGCAGCUCUGAGCAUUUCUCAGGAUCAAACUGAAGUGGAAGUGAUGGGAGGGGGGAAUCCCUGCUGCAGGGAGUUCCUGCGCCCUGGGGGGUGCAGCCAUCUAGCAGGAAGCUGGGAGGGGGUGGGUGUCUCGUACAGUCAAACCCUAUGGCUGGGCAGGGGCUGCUCUGGUUGGGGGUGGGGAGAGGGGGGGGAGAGAGAACCUGGCAAUGGGCAGAGGGCACGGUCCCAUCCAUGCUUCCUAAAACAAGUGUCGUGAACCACAACUUUUGUGCUAACCCACAACAGCAAGCAAGACUUGACUGGUGCUGAGUGACAUGUCAGGAGUCGAGGAAAACCUGGUAGUGGGUCUCUGCCUUUAACACUCAAUCUCAGGAACACAAGGAAAUACUGCAUAAGCCGAAGCAGUUUGGCCAGUACCGUCAGGCUUCGUUUCCUAAUUCUGCUGCUGACCUGCUGUGUGAUCUUAGGCAAGUCACUUCACCUUUCAGUACUGCAGUGUCCCCAUCUGUAAAAUGGGGGCAGUGAGACAGACUUCCUUUUGUAGAGUGCUUCUGUGGUACGUGGAUGCCUAGCUAUCCACGUGCUCAGAUGUGGUAUGUGAAUGGUGUCUUGUGUUACUGCCCAGCCCAAAGACACGGGGCUGGGAGGUGAAUCCUGGGCACAGUGCAGCUGCCAGCACUGAUACAAAUCCAGCCAGAGCAGUACACUGACAUGGGAGUGUGUGGCCUGUUGACUUGGUUGCUCUUGGACGGAGGUGUAGUGGGGCUUGGCUAGUGAUGGGGGAGCUGGAAUCCCUCGGCUCAGGCGGGCGCGGGGCACAAAGAUGCUUGCUGCCCCCAGGCCUUUCAGGGAACUUCCCUUUGCAGAACGUGUGUGUGUGUGGGGAGGGGGGUCCUUGUGUCUGCUCUUGAGUUGGCUGUGCUUGGGGCUGAGUGAAAAGGUGGAUUGAAAUGUUGCACUGUCUUGGUGCUUUAUUUUAAAAUAAAGUUUUUAAAGAAGCCCAUGAAA